CGCGCUCGCCUUCCUCCCCCCUCCUUUCCCCGGAUUCCGGCUCUCUCCCGGAGCGGCGCGCCGGGGGCUCCGCCGCUGGCCGGGCGUGAUGCUGCACGUGGAGAUGUUGACGCUGGUGUUUCUGCUGCUCUGGAUGUGCGUGUGCAGCCAGGACCCGGGCUCCAAGGCCGUCGCCGACCGCUACGCCGUCUACUGGAACAGCAGCAACCCCAGAUUUCAGAGGGGUGACUACCACAUCGACGUGUGCAUCAAUGACUACCUGGAUGUUUUCUGCCCUCAUUAUGAGGACUCGGUCCCAGAGGAUAAGACUGAGCGCUAUGUCCUCUACAUGGUGAACUAUGACGGCUACAGUGCUUGCGACCACACUUCCAAAGGAUUCAAGAGAUGGGAAUGUAACCGACCUCACUCUCCAAAUGGACCACUGAAGUUCUCGGAAAAAUUCCAGCUCUUCACACCCUUUUCUCUAGGAUUUGAAUUCAGGCCAGGCCGGGAAUAUUUCUACAUCUCGUCUGCAAUCCCAGAUAAUGGAAGAAGGUCCUGUCUAAAGCUCAGAGUCUUUGUGAGACCCACAAAUAGCUGUAUGAAAACUAUAGGUGUUCAUGAUCGUGUUUUCGAUGUUAACGACAAAGUAGAAAAUUCAUUAGAACCAGCAGAUGACACUGUCCAUGAGUCAGCCGAGCCGUCCCGCGGCGAGAAUGCGGCACAGACACCAAGAAUACCCAGCCGCCUUUUGGCAAUCCUACUGUUCCUCCUGGCGCUGCUUUUGACAUUAUAGCACAGCCGCCUCCUGUCACCUGUCACAGAAAACACCAGGGUCUUGGAACACCAGAGAUCCACAUAACUGCUCAUCCUAAGAAGGGACUUGUUGUUAUUUUUUUUCUUUUUUUUUUUUUUGGUGGAUGUCAGAUUUUUUAUUUGUUUGAUUUCUUUCUUUCAGCCCGAAUUCUAAGCAACAACUUGGGGCUGGCGCAGGUGCGGGAGGCUCACCUUGUUGCUGCCUCCCUUACCCCCUACCCCAAGCCCUUCCCUGUGACUUCUCUCACCCCUUCCAAAUUAAAUGGACUCCAGAUGAAAAUGCCAAAUUGUCAUAGUGACACCAGUGGCCGUCCGCUCCUGGGCUUGCUGCUCCUCUGAGCUCGGUGGCAUGCAAGGUGUCCGCGGGCCGUGGACCAGGAACAAUAGUGGCAGAUGCAGCCAGUGACGCGAAGCCCAGGAGGGUUUUGCUCUCCAUGCAAUAUUUAUGCCCGCUCGUUCAGGACUGUAAGAGGAUCGCACAGGGCAUCACAUCCCCAUGUCAAGUCCAGCAGGGAGGUAUUAAGAAUAGACAGAAUGUUACACCAUUUCCUCUAGGAGCGGGUAAACGAACAGGCGUCUGAGAGGUUGAGACACUGGUUUUUCUAAUAUGACUGUCUUAAAGCAUUCCUGACAGCAGAGCCCGUGCCCCACAGAGCGGCCCUUUCUUCCUCUCUCGAGGCAAGCUGGGUGCCAGGAUGCUAGCACAGAGCGCACAGAACAAGUGUGGAAAGGAAGAAACCCGGGUUUGGUGGGGGUGUGUGUAUGUGUGAGUGCCUCUAAUGUUUUUGGUGACUGGGUAGUGCACCCCAGAUUUUUUUUUGUUUUUCUCCUUUGAAUACAGAUCACCAUGGUGCUACAACCUUUUUUGUUUCUUUUUUAGAAACUCAAAGAGGCAUUUUUAUGAAUAAAGUGACCUUCCCCAAGGCUGACAAGCCAGGGUUGACGAGUGCAGAAUUGGCAUAGCUCUGGCUACUUCUCUGGGGGACCGUACAUACCAAGGAGAGGAUGUCAGUGGCCAGAGGAGCAGUGAUUUGGCUUUGCUGGAGCACCAGAGUGCCGUGGCCUUUCCCCCGACUCCCACCCCAGAACCCACAUUUGGCUCUUCCUGCCACAACUCCUGGGGCUCAGACACACACCCCCACUACGCCACCAAGAGAGUCGUCAUCACGACUUGGGAGGGCUGAAGGGAAAUUUGGAAUAAAAAUUCCAAAGUUUGGAAUAAAAAACAUUCAAGCGUUGAUUUUUAUAUUCUUUCCCUUUCUGACACAGCCUGAAGCAUAGGGGGAAACGUGUGUUUAUCUGUGGGGAGAUAAACAAGAUGGAGUCCCAAAGACUUUAACAAAAUAUUUUUUUAAAAAUCCACUAGAAUAGAAAAUACAUUAUUUAGAUAUACUUUAUGCUGAGAGUGAGUAUAUAUGCUUGUCCUAUUUAAACUUGUGAGAAAAAAGUGGUAUCCCUUGAUACA